AAGAAAAAUAACGUAGAGUGGAGUAGCAAGUGACAAAGGAUUGUACCUUGUUUUUCUAUUUGUAGUUCUUUGUUUCUAAUUGUCACUUUGUUAGAGUUAUUUCCAAUUAUACAUCAUAUUUUUGCAAUUAUUAAGUUGUAAUUUAACGUUUUAUAUCGAGAAUGGUCAAGAUAAAUAAUUUUAAACAGAAUUAUAUCCUAUUCUAGUGUGUCGGUUCAAUGGCGUCGUAAUAAGUUAACGAACUUACAAAAGUGAACAAGUGUAUCUUUUUUAAAGAAAAGACAGUAAACUUACACGAAAAUGGCUAAUUUGAGAACGAGUAGUGCCCUUCGUGCUUUAGCAGUCGAAUACAAGUCUUUACAAGAAGAACCAGUUGAAGGUUUUUGUGUAAAGUUAGUUAAUGAAGACAAUCUUUUCGAAUGGGAAGUAGCAAUUUUUGGCCCCCCUGACACUUUAUAUAUGGGUGGAUAUUUUAAGGCUCGGAUGAAAUUUCCUCCCGAUUAUCCGUAUUCACCACCGUCAAUUCGUUUCUUAACCAAAGUUUGGCAUCCUAAUGUAUACGAGAACGGCGACUUGUGUAUAAGUAUCCUGCACCCGCCAAUAGACGAUCCACAGUCUGGCGAGUUGCCAUGCGAGCGCUGGAACCCCACGCAAAAUGUUCGUACCAUACUGCUGAGCGUCAUAUCGUUGCUUAACGAGCCCAACACGUUCAGCCCGGCUAAUGUCGAUGCCUCGGUCAUGUAUCGACGCUGGAGAGACUCGAAAGGACGAGACAAGGAAUAUGAAAAUAUUAUUAGAAAACAGGCGAUGGCUGCUAGGGCUGAAGCGGAACGAGAAGGUAUCCAAGUACCUCUCACGUUAGAAGACUACUGUAUAAAGACGCAAGUGAAGCCUAGUAACGAUAACCAAGUAGAAAUGACAGAUUUCUACGACGAUGACUACGACGAAGACUACGACGAUCUUUCGGAUGGAUCCGAAGUAGCGGAGUAUGACGGAAAUGACAGCGGAAACGGAGAGUCAUGAUCUUGAAAAUUGAAACAAAAUUAGUACACAAACAAACGAAAAACAGGUCACUUGAACAGUUUUACUUUCGUAAAAAAAAAAGAAAAUUAAUAAAAAACAACGUACCGUGUAUUAAUAUUGCUUUGGAUUAGCAUUUGUUGAUAAGAAAAGCAACCCUCCGAGAUGUAAUUAAAUAGCGUGUUUGUAUUUAAAAAGUAAUGCUUCUAACCGAGCCUAUGUACACGUCUCUUCUCUUACGAUCUCUUAUUACUUAACGUGUCAGACAAAAAAAACAAAGAUAUGGAGAGGAGGAAAUGUUCCUGAACCGCAGCUCUCAACUGUAAAUAUAUUUUCUAUAUUAUAUAAGUUAAUUAAUCAAUAGUAACGCCACCCGUUCGGUAAUUCUAAUAAAGUGCAUACUCGAAAAUGUGUAUUCUAUAUUAUUUUACUUACGUUAGUUUUUAACGAACAAUAAAUUUUCUUUUUAUUGUGCACAUUUCGAAUUUUUUUGGUCUUUCGCUUUGUUACUCGAAGAUUUUACGAUUGUACAUUGCAGGUGUAGGUAGUGUGCCAAAUUAACAAACAAAAGUAUAAAAUAAAUAUAUAUAUCUAAUACGAUAGUGAAAGAAAGAUAGUGUUUGAAAAAGGUGUAAAUAUUUCUCUCUUUUUUUUUUCUGAAGUGCACUUGAUUUCCUCUUCUUCAAUUAAAAUAUUUAAAAAGUACCGAUUUGUGCAGCGUUUUUAAUUUUAAUGUAGUACAGUGUAUAUAUUAGUCGUUUAAAAGUUAUUUAAUUAGGACCAUCAUCAUGUAACUGUAAAUUAUUGUACUUGUCGUUUACGGUUGCAUAGUAUUAAUAAUUGAUUUAUCGUUUAAUUAAUUACUACUUAACGAAGUCGUUCUAUUAGUUUUUAUCUAAGGCCAGAGUGUUGGAGUAAUUUUUCCUCAUUUUUUUGUGGCCGUUCUUCUGUAUUAAUUAAUAAAUUAGCAACGAGUGAGAAGUUUGCUUAUGUGACAUUAGUGGGAAUAUGUAAACCGAAAAUAAAAAGGUGUAGUAAAUUA